AUGCUUGCACUACAGCCACAGCAACCCGCUCAGCCCCCACGGCGCGCAAUCCCGCUCUCGCGCUCGUCGUCCUCGCUCCGCAAGACCGCACCCGCACCCACAUCCACACGACAGCCUUUCUCGUCCAUCCAGCCCGGUCAGCCAGCGCGAGACACCGACACACUGUCCGCACUUCCGGCCAAGGUCUCUCGCGGUCAGCGGGAGGAGGCGCCCGUUCGGACGAGACCAAGUUCAACGAUCGCUCCACAACCUCCCCUUGCUCCCUCAUCUCGCACGGUGCAGUCUCGGCAACGGGUAGAGUCGAAACAAGAAGUGCGAACAGAACGUGAAGCGCAACAGCCGGAGCCACAGGAGGACGACAAGGGGAAGGAGCAGGCCGCGGCCAAGUCGAGCAGGAACAAGUUGACGGAUCAGUGGGACGAGCCUCCGACGCAGAUCCGGCGAGGCGCCGUACACCUUGAGCGUGGAAGAUUGCUGGGCGAAGGCGGCUUUGCGAGGGUCUACCUGUGCGUCGAGCUCGACGGCAAGUCGUACAAGGCCAUGAAGGUGGUCCACAAGCAGCAGCUAAAGUCGACCAAGACCAAGUCCAAGCUCUUCGCGGAAAUCAAGAUCCACCAAGCGAUGCAGCACCCUAACGUGGUCGGCUUUGAAUGCUGCUUCGAAGACGAGCACAAUGUCUACAUGCAGCUCGAACUCUGCGCGCGCGGCUCCCUCCUCGACCUCCUCCGCAUCCGCAAGCGCUUCUCCGAACCCGAAUCGCGCUUCUACCUCACCCAACUAGUCGGCGCAGUCGACUACCUCCACUCCAACUCUGUCAUCCACCGGGACCUCAAGUUGGGCAACUUGAUGGUCGACGGGAACAUGAACCUCAAGGUUGGGGACUUUGGAUUGGCGGCGCUGGUCAAGUUUCCCGGGGAGAGGAAGAAGACCAUCUGCGGCACGCCGAACUACAUCGCGCCCGAAAUCCUCUUCGAAAGCAAGGGGACCGGUCACUCGUUCGAGGUCGACAUCUGGUCGAUCGGCGUCAUCCUCUACACCCUCUUGAUCGGCAAACCUCCGUUCCAAACCAAGGACGUCAAGAACAUCUACAGAAAAAUCCGCGACAACGCCUACACCUUCCCAUCCGACCACUUGCUCUCCGCCGAAUCCACCUCCCUAAUCUCCUCCAUCCUGCAACCCGACCCCCUCUCACGCCCUUCACUCCCCUCCAUCCUCUCCUCCUCAUGGUUCAUAACCGGUCCGUUCCCCUCGCGCAUCAGUUCGCGCGCGCUCGACCCGGAGCGGGCGAAUGAGAUGUGCGAGGAAUGGAGGUACAUGACCAAGAGGCAGAGUUGGGACAACUUUAGGAGGUGUAAGCGCAAGAGUGGGAUUGUGGAGGUUGAGGAGGGCGGCGAGGUGGAAGGAGCGGCGAGGAAGGGAGAGGCAGCGCAGGUGGUGGAGGCGGUCAGUCAGGCGUUGCCGACUGUGGCGGAGGCGGUGGAGGAGGAAGACGAGCAGGAGCCGAUGCAGCAGGAGGAGGUGGUACAGCCGCCGAAGAAGGCGAUAAGGAUGGUCAGGCCCAGCGAGGAGCGCGAGGCCAAGGGCAGGGUCGAGAAGGAGGUCAGGGCUGCGACGGCGCCCGACAGUCCCAUCAGCGAGUUGCUCAGGUCUGCUCGCAAGCCCCUCAUGGUUUCGCCUUCCUCCCGCGCCAUCCCGUCGUCCUCGUCUUCUUCUGCCCUCCGCCGAACAGCCACGACGAGCGUCGACUCGCUGCAGCAGCGGCUUGCGGCCGCCUCCGUCUCAGACCCUCCUACCGCCGCCGCGCGCACUUCUGCGAGCGAGGCACGGCGAGCCGAUCCCACCACCGCACAGCCCUCACGGCAUCGUCGAGCAGGCGCACAGUCAUCCGUCGACGUUCCUCCCGCACAUCCUCCCGCCGCCCCCGCACCUCCCGCAAAAUCCGCAACGACCACCACCCACCCCUCUCGCUCGCUCUACGACUCGACCUGGCGCUCCUUCGACACCUUCCUCUCCUGCACCUCUCUCGCUGACGUCUCGGCCGUCUGCGCAUCGUUCGUCGAUGCGCUCCCGGAUGAAGAGGAGUUGCGAGCGCCAAAGGUGUUUGUCAGCUCGUGGGUCGACUAUACCCAUCGCUGCGGGACGGCGUACAGCUUGACGGACGGGAGUGCGGGCGUGUACUUCAACGAUUCGACCACGAUGGUGCUAAGCCCGGACAAGGAACACUUUGACUACAUCGCGAACCGGCACGCAAACGUCUACACCCGCCGACACUACGCCCUCUCGACCGUUCCCGAAGAUCUCGACCGCAAGGCGUACCUCCUGCGCUACUUCGAGGACUACAUGGCCAAGACGCUGCGCCGCAACGUCGAGUGGCAAUUCCAGGACGUCGAGCGGCGCAAGAACAUGGACUUUCUGGUCAAGUACUACAGGAUGAAGAACGCCAUCCUUUUCAAGUUGAGUAACGACGUCCUCCAGUUCAACUUUUUCGACCACUUCAAGCUUAUCAUCACCUCUUCCGGCCUCGUCAUCAGCGUCAUCACGCCGACCUUCACGCUCGAGACCUACACGCUGCCGCAACUCUUCCGCGCCGCCGCCCAGCUCGGACACUACUCACAUCCGACCCGCCGACCAAACCCGUCUUCCGAUCGAGGGAGGAAGCUCGCCGACCUCGAAGUACUCAUCGAAAAGAUCGCGUACUGCAAGGAUGUCUUGCGGACGCUCGUGAACCGUCGAACGGGGAAGGAGGCGGAGGGUGAAGGCGGCAACAAGGAGUGA